AUGAUUGACGGCAAACUGCAAUCUUGGAUGGCACAAGAGUGCCUUGGAAAGGCACGUCAGACUACGCUGGCCUUUGCACCGAGUUCCAGCAGUUAGGUUCCUGUGAAGCCUCCCCGCUACAAGGAGAACGAGCCUUGGCGGGACCCGCUUUUCCCUUGGUGGUGCGGGAGUCGUUGAAGCAGAGUGAAAGAACCGAGCAAAAAAAAAGAGACACAAAGCAGAGAACACAGAGAGAGAGAGAGAGAGUGAGAGAGAGAGAGAGAGAGAGAAAGAAAGAGAGAGGAAGCGCAUGAUGCAUCUGGUGCAAGAUGGACUGCGCUGUGCUAGAACAUGCGUUUGCCACGUUCAGCAGCUUUUUUGGCCCAAAUUGAGGGAGCCAUAGUCUCUGUCCAAAGCUGCCAGCGCCGAGGGUAUCUAUGCAGCCCUUGGUAUAUUUGGCAGUCCGGGGUUGGCUUGGCUGGAUUCAAUUUGUGGAGCGGUCCAGAAGAGCUUUUUUGAAUAGCUCUUUAGUCUUGGUGGCCGCUGGGGCUGUGCACUGCUGGGCGGUGGUAUAUUCACUAUUUGUUGCCGUGCACACGCGGGCAAUGCGUUUCAGUGGGUACCACCAAGGCAGCAGCGAGCAAUUGCCACAGGCAGUAGCACUCACAGAGACACUCGCCGUCAGCUCCUUGUGGGUUUGGCUCAUUGCCGGAUUCACAACGGCCGCCGUGCGGAUGCUUGACGAGGAUGCGGAUGGAUUGCCUCUAGGAACCGAGGAUCUCAAGUGGGGGCCGAUUUUGCGUUUCAUCCGGUCUCCUUUCCUUCACAGUGCUUUGGGGCACGCGCAUUCAGUGAGCUGUGUGGGAUUGUUUGUCAGCAUCAUCUUGCUUUGCGCGACAAUGGCUACAAUGAAAGGUGGCAUUACCGUUUGCGAGUCCUGCCUGGCAAUUGUGGCGAUCGGCUUUGCCUUUCCCCAUAUGGUUUUGGCUGGAAGGCGCUUGAGCGAUUCAGCUGAUCAAGCCCUCUCUGAAGUGCUUCCAGAUGACAGCUUGGAAGCUGCAGCAGCAGAAGCAGCGGCAAUUGGACCUCAGCUUUGUGUUAUUUUGUCCCUCGCAGAUGCUCCUGGCCAUGCAUAUUGGUGGCAGAAUCUCAUGUACACCCUGGCGUCGAUGGCAUUCAUUGCUGCUGUCGUCGCCAGUGCCCGUUCGCCUGCAAAAGUUGCCAACGUUGCCCUGCCGCCAGAGAAGAGUGAGAGCUUCGUCUGCUUGACCAUGGAUGUGAUGACGGCCCUUUCAAUCAUUCUGUCCUACCCACACCUCAACACAUGGUUCCUCCGAAUCGGUGUGGUUGCAGUAAUUGGUUGCGGAGUUGCAGCGCAGUUUGGCCCAGUGCGGGAAAUCUACUUGGACUGGCUGGAACCUAUUUUCGUCAUCCGAAGUGACUCCCACAAGAGAGUGCCAAACCAGCAAAGACAGCUUAUAAAGAUCAUCUCGUGGGCUGCUGCCGUUUUGUGCGCAUUGGUGGCCUUGUGGGAUAUUGCCUUGCAUCCGCUGGCGCUGGCGUCAAGUGUUGCAGACUCUUCGAGGUAAGGCACGAAUCCGACGGUGCCCGAUUCUCCGAGAGGUCUAUUUGCGGAAGAGGUGCGUGAAGGCAUGUUUCCCGAUGUGUGUUCUUUUUGAAUCGUUCUCUUCAAGGCCAACAGGAUCACAUUUUCCCCACCUUCGCUUGCGCAGACCCAGUUCCAGGGUCUCAUGGGGCAAUAGAUUGCCAAACGAAGCACACAUGCACUUUUCACGCUGUGAGCAGCUGGAAGUAGCCCAGAGUUUGUGUAGCGUUCCUCAUUUGACGGACUCAAAGUUGUUGAAAGUCACUAGGCUGCUUCCAUAAAUGCAGUGCUAAGCACUUUAGACGGGACGCAUGUUCAACAUCAUCCGAAACAUAGGUCGAAUCAUGCCCCCGAAUCAUACCUUCGAAACAUACCUGGCUAAAAAUGAGAUGUUGCUUGUGGAUUUGCGAAACAUGCCUCCGAAAUAUACCUGGCUAACAUACCCCGAAACAGACCUUCAGGUUAAAGACGCGUUGCCGCCGGCCCUAUUUGCGGAAAAAAUGCAUGUUUUGUGGGCGCCAACUCAGCUGCGUGCAGAUUAGCUCACGAGGAUGGACAUGAAUUUGCGCGAUGGUGUCCGCA